AGGACUGCAGGAUAGCGGUAAGGAUGCCUACUGACAGUUUUGUUUAGAUUUCCUCGAAUCGAUGUUCGAAAAAAUAUUUCUUACUAUCUAAAUACAGCAUGUGUAUUUUCAAAUGUCAUUAGUGGACAACACUUAAAUUGAUUUUAAAGCUUGUGUUUUUUUAGACUUAACUGAUCCGGUCAUCUGUGAGUGUCAUUAAAUAUUCAUACUCAGAAUGUUAACUUUUUUUUCUUUUUUUGCUUUAUUUUGGUGUAGUUUUUUUGGUUGAACUGAAGAUGAAAUUAAUUAGCUACACUACUUUUAGGAGGGGGAAAUUUGUGGGUUUCUGAACACCGCAGUGUCUCCCUCUAUUAAGGUAUUAUUCAAAAUUAUAGGAGUUCGUUCUUUCUGUUUGGAAGGUAGUCGCACGGCAAUAUAUGAAUUUGUGUCUCGUAACACUUUCAAUUACCUCUGAAUCAGGGGAGAGACCAUUCCAAUCAGUAUCUAACUGCAUGAUCAAGGUACAUUAUGUUUGUUCCUUCUCAUCUUGUCAGACAAGUGUUUUGUCAGUAUUUCCCUUUAUAGUGGAAAUAAUUCGCAUAUCGGGGCCAUAACUUUUAUUAUUAUCGAACGGCACUAAGUAAAGUGCAAAUAAAGCGAAUCGAGUAAACAUGUCACGCGAUAUUGGACAGUUGGUUACUUUGUACUAUGAAACAAAACAAAACAAAACAAAACCUAACAGGUCAGUUACGUGUUGUACGCCUCUCUAUCUGCUUCGCUUUUUCAGCAUCAUAGGAAAUGCGCAUAACAUAGAGCAGUUGGAAUAUAAAUAACUAAUUAGACGUAUCGCAUAGUAUUUUUAACUCCUACGUUGUAUUUUUACUUCUCCUACGGAUUGUCAAAAUACGGCACAAAUCGUAAAAAAUACUUAGCGAUACUAUACACCAAAACUUCUAAUAUUAUACAUAUUUAUAGCAUCCUUAAAGAAUUGCGAUACAAAGCGAUGACAAGUCUAAACGAUUAAAUGAUUUAUGCUGCGCUCUCGAUGUACCGGCAAUUCAAAUUUUAAUUCUGUAAUUGAAAAUACUGAUGGGCAGUUCUAUGAUUGUUACGACCCUCUGAUUAUACAAAGGUUUUCCCAAUUUAAUGUUAUCGACUCUAUUUGCUACAUUGGACACAUUAAUGUGUAGAUUAAUAUAUUUUAUAUUCUGCUUAUGUCACUGUAACACACUUGACGUCAAUACAGGGGGAUUCUCCAACCGCACACCAUCUUGGAAUAGAAGAAAACCUUGUAGUCAAAGUGAUAAAUAAAGGAAAACAUUUUUUAUGAGUGCCACGAUUAUUAGUGUACAGUGCAAGAAUCGUUACAGCGCGUCCCCUAAAUUUAUUAACGGUACAUGGAUUUUCUCAAUUCAUGAAAGUUUACCUAUUUGAGACACCGAACAGAGAAAUGGGCGGCCAAGCAUGAUCUGUUUUACGUUUGGCGUCAAUACAAGGGUAUUUCCCAACCGUGCAGAGGAUGGAAAUUGAAGAAAACAUCCUUGUGGUAAAGGAGAGAGGGUACAAGUUUUUCUCAUUUAGAAUUGAAAUCAUAAAUCUUAUUGACUAGUGAUUUUGCUCAUCGCCACAAACUUACAGUUGUGAUUUUAUUUGUCUUAACCUCUAAAUGAAAGAAUUUAAAAAGGGAAGGCUGAAGCCAUGCAUGGCUUCAGUUGCCAUAAAUUAAAGUUGUAACGUCAUCUUAAAUGGCCAGAAAUAGUCAGAAAAAUACGUGUUUAAGACGAUAUAACUGGAAAGUCAAAAUUAAAACUUUUUCGGGGACUCAAAAAUGGUUUAUACGCUUAAGAUUUUAAGGGCUUUCUCUCUUCUUUUGGUAUAUCUGAGUAAUAUUUAAGAAAAUUAAACGGAACCAUUGGAAGAGCUGAAUUCUUCUUACCAACGUUUAAAUUCCCGGUUUUUGGAAAGGAUAUGAAUAAAUAGACUGAUUACACUAGAUAAAAAUAGAAAUCAUUGUUUGGAGAGUAUAAAAGCUAACCUCCUCAAAUGUACAGCAACAUAUCUGCUGAGUUUUGAGCCCUCAGAAGCUGAAGAUCAAUUGCAGUGUAAUAGAGAUUAUUGAAGACUGGAAAAUGAUGGUCAAUUUCCAUACAAAGGCAGGAUUGUCAAAGUGGCUGUGUUUCUUUUUUUUCCUGGCUGUUAUUCUUCCCAAUAAAACUCUCAGUAAACCUUUUGAACUCGAAGCUUCAAGAGAAGAUUUCGCCGACGACAAACUUGAACCAAACGUAGCUUACCAGAAUAAUACAACAGAUGUCCGAAGUAAAAGGGAAGUGAAAACACUCAGAGAUAUCUGCAAUGCUGGUCAUUAUAGGAUCUCAUCAAACGGUUGUGUUAAGAGAUGGCUUAUCUGCUAUGAUUAUCAAGAAGCGGAGUGUAACGCGGUCAGCUUCAAGUGCCUCAGUAGUAUCCCGAGGUACGGAUCACCAAAGUGUAAGCCAAUUUAUGACUUUGUGAAAGUCAAUCUAAACGGUGCAACGCAGAAAUUCAGAAGAACCAAGGGUUGUAUUUGCGCAUGACGACUUCAGGAGAAUCGAGACCAAAAUAAGUUUGUACAUAAAAAAAUACUAUAUUUAUUUACUUGUGUAUGUAGUGAGAAAACGUUAUUAAGAGUGCAUAUAUCGUAUAAGUUGAUUUAUUGUUUUAUUAUGGUUAUCAACAUCAUGAU